UCCCGGAGCAGCGCAGCUCCACAGCCCCGCUGAACAUCUCCUCCAUGCGUCUCCAUCCCUGGAUCUAUCUCUUCCUCGGGUCCCAUUAGUGCAUUAGAGGUGCACAUUUAUUUAUUAAUUGGUCAGUUUCCAGGAGGGCAUGUGCGUAAUUGCGCGCCGGUCUUCGUGGUGCAACCGGGAGUGACUUGGGCAAUAUGCGCCGCUGGGAUAUGAUUUUCACCCGAGAGGCUUAUGGAAUAUAGGCCGGUGUGUCUGUGCUGCAGCCCCGUGAAGAAGAAGCUCGUCCUGCUCAGCAUCAUGUUCCUCCUCUGGGUCUACAUGCUGUACUCCUGCGUGGGCUACUGCUCCACCAUGCCCACCCUGGCGGCGGACGGUGGUCCCCGGGGGGCCCGGGAGGCUGCUGUCCCCGCGGCGGGCAGGACGGACCUGGUGUCCCGGCUGCUCGGACACCAGGUCCCGCAGCCGUGGGAGGACGUGGAGAGCGACUACGAGGAGCCGUCCCUCCGCACCGGGGUGUCCCGGGACCUGCUCAACGAGGAGGACCGGGACCCGGAGCGGGACCGGGACCGGGCCGAGGACUGGGACCAGCAGCAGAGAGCCCCGGAGCCCAGCGCCAUGUCCAGCUUCUCCAACGGCUCCGGGAGCAAGAAGCUUCCGCAGGCUCUGAUCAUCGGGGUGAAGAAGGGAGGCACCCGGGCUCUGCUGGAGUUCCUCCGGGUGCAUCCGGACAUCAGGGCCGUGGGAGCGGAGCCGCACUUCUUCGACCGCAACUACGACAACGGGCUGGAGUGGUACAGGGAGCUGAUGCCCAAGACCCUGGAGGGCCAGAUCACCAUGGAGAAGACCCCCAGCUACUUUGUGACCAGAGAAGCUCCCGCCCGGAUCUCCGCCAUGUCCCGGGACACCAAGCUGAUCGUGGUGGUGAGGGACCCGGUCACCAGGGCGAUCUCGGACUACACACAGACACUGUCCAAGAAGCCCGACAUUCCCUCCUUCGAGAGCCUCACCUUCAAAAACAGGACUACGGGCCUCAUCGACACCUCGUGGAGCGCCGUCCAGAUCGGCAUCUACGCCAAGCACCUGGACAACUGGCUGCAGUACUUCCCCAUGGGCCAGAUCCUGUUUGUGAGCGGCGAGCGGCUGAUCAGCGACCCGGCCGGAGAGCUGGGCCGCGUGCAGGACUUCCUGGGGCUCAAGCGCAUCAUCACGGACAAACACUUUUACUUCAACCAGACCAAGGGUUUCCCGUGCCUGAAGAAGGCCGAGGGCAGCAGCAAGCCCCACUGCCUGGGCAAAACCAAAGGGAGGACCCACCCGAACAUUGACCCCGAGGUGGUGCAGAGGCUCCGGGACUUCUACCGGCCCUUCAACAUGAAGUUCUACCAGAUGACGGGACACAACUUUGGUUGGGAUUGACGUGAAGGUCCUGUGAAGAGACUUUGUUGGAUUUGUUUUUUUUUUGUUUUUUCCUCUGUAAUUCAAUGGCAAGAUGUGGAAAUAUUGCUAUAUAUAUGUAAAAUGUACAGAAAUCUAUUUUAUAAUAAUUUAUUUUUAUUUCUAAGCAAUUAAUUCACUAAGCUGCCUAACCAUAUUUGUACAUAACAUCUGACCCAUGUUUUUUUUUAACAUUCCUCGUUUUGAUUUGGAGUUUCUCUCUCUCCUGGUCCUGUGACUCAGUGGAUUUACUGGAGGAGAAACUGGUGGAACAUGUAAAACCGUAUUACGGGUACAGAGUGGAGAACACAUAUCCAUAUUGUGCGUCCUCAUUUAUUAUAUGCAUCACAACUUCAUCCUGUUCGAACCCUGAGUGUGAUUCUUCUACAAGUUGUUUCACUAAGGCUACGUCCACACUACCAGGCUUUCAUUUGAAAAUUAAGAAGAAUACUCCCGGAGUCAACAUUACUCUGGAGUUUUAGAGCUGCUGAAACAGUGACAUUUGGAAAUGGUCCUGUUUUAGUUUAAAAACUCAUGUUUACGCUGAGUUUGAGUCUGAAUGCGUAGAAAUGUAGAUGUUUGCAAACAUUGACGCUCACAAACGCUUGAUGAUUGGAUCCUUAGUUCCCAUCACAUGACAGCAUGAGCCUCAGAUGCAUUUUACAAAGCUUCAACCACUUACAUGUGUCCAUUAGUGGUCACGUGAUUCAAUUUCGGUAUAAAACGAGAUCUAAAAAUUUAUCGGAUACGAAUCCUUACGUUGACAGAGACCGUUUCAUUUUUCAAACUCCAUUUUCAAAUGAAAACACUGUAGUGUGGCUGCAGCCUCAGAUCUUCCACUUUCUCGUACCACAAAAUCUUUGUCUGUCUUCGUCCUGAGCUGCAGAUCUCGUGUCCCUCUCCUCUCAGUAACAGGUGGAUCAAUAGGUCCUAAUUGAUCCUCAUUGUGUCGCUCAUACUUAGAGGAUCCAGCUGCUCUUUGAUCCUCAGCGCUCCUGCUGCCUGCUCCUAAUGAACGACCCGUCCCUCAAACCUUAAACCCCAUCAGUCCCGGGUCCCAUCAGUGGCCAUGUUAACAUUAUGCUAAUUGGGUAAAGGUAACUGGAAGAUCAAUCGAGCCGACUCCUCCAUUAGGAGCAGCGGUGACUCGGAGUCAGACUCCUGUUCUAUCCGUCCGGGUUCAAAGGUCACGCGGAGUCUAAAUCAAAUUUCCUUGAACGCCAUUUGAUUUGUUGUAGAGAGCAGAGCAGCAAA